AUGUGCCCGCAGCUGGCAGAGAUGGGCGAACGCGAGCCGGAGUCGGACGAGGACUGCGAGGUCUAUUUCCUGAAGCCGGUCAACGAGUACAACAUUGUGGACAGGAUCAAGGAGGCCAACAAGGAGCUCUUUGCGCUGGACGACGAGGCCUCCAAUGGCAACGGCAAGGUGACGAAGGUGAAGUUUGCCCUGAAUCUGGAGGAUUACGAGCCCACGGAGCAGCAGAAGGAUCUCAGUCCCAGUCCGCCCGAUGAGCUGCUGCAGCAGUUGACGCAGCUGAAGCUGAAGCCCAUUGCAGAGGAAGAACCAGCGGCUGCAGACGAGACCAAGGUGGUAGAAACGCCUCCUCCGAUGGAAGAACCCCAAGUAGAUGAUGAAGUGGAGGAGGAGAUAUGCGAGGAAAUCGUGGACUUGAGUGAGGUGCCCCAACAGCCAGUGGUCCAGGAAGCCACUCCCAUUGAGGAUGAAGACGACUUCUCCGGCGUGGAUGAGGCGGACCUGGAUGACGAUCCUCCGGCGAAGGACUCUUCUGUUCCGGGCUCCCUUCAACUGAGACAGGGCACUUUCGACCAGGAUGACUCCGACCAGAAGAGUCUAACCAAUCUGCUAACCGAAUCUGAUUGCGAAGAGGAGGAACGCACCUUAAAUGAGGCUCGCCAGAAGCUAAGGGAUGCCUACAAGAAUCUUUACAAGACCUUGGAUCCGAAACAGCAAGAAACCAUUGACAGGUUGACGGGAGCCGAAACUGAAGUGCCUUUGCCGGCGCCAGCGCCUGUGGUGGCUGCAGUUGAAGCCGAAGAGGAGGAUGAUCUGUCCAUCAUUGUGGCCAGCUAUAUUCCAGAUGAUUUUGAGCUCAACGAGCAGAGCAUUUACUACAAGAAGGAGGAGCCCGAUGAAGUCAGGGAUUCGUGCACCACAUGUCCCAAGGCGACUUCCAAGACCUUCUUCACUUCGCGCAGUUUUAGCUUUCGCCGUCGGCCCAAGCCCACGCCCACUCUAUCCUCUGCCUCCGCUUCCACGACGUCUCCUUCGGUGCGGAUGAACUACAAGAUCUGCUGCGAGCACCGGCAUUCGAUUCAGGGCAAGCUACCCAGGUACACGGGCUACAUGUCCGAGUACGGACUGACUGCCCAGCAACUGCAGCGGCGCGACCAGCAACUGCGGCGGAAGCAGCGCUUCUCCAUGGAGCAGACCAUCAAUCGCAACGAGCAGGAGCUGAAGAAGAUGCAGGACAACGAGCGCGCCUUCACCACCUGGCUGAAGAACAAGAUGCGCUAUCCGAUCAACAAGACCCGCAACAUGUUCGAUGCGCACAAAAGGCGGGGUAGUGUGGCCGCCGCCGGAAGUCCGCGCCAGCAUCCCCAAGCUCAUCCGCAUCUGCACCAGGAGCAGGAGCAGCGCGGCGGACGGCGAAGGCGGCGGCGCGACAGCGGGGAAGUGGAGGUGCACGCCUAUCGGCAUCUGCUCGGCAGCUGGAACAAGUAG